CAGACAGACCAGUAUUGAUGCGGCAGAUGCGGGGUUUGUUUAGUAGAGAUGCUGUAGUUACAUUAUUUUAGUGUGAGGUUUUUAUAGUGAAAACCUGUGCAUUUUGCAGUGAUAUUGAUGUGUAGGUGAAGGAAAAUUGUGGGAAGGGACCAGCGAUUGGAUUCUUCAGUCGUAUUUUCUAGCCGAUUUCGUCUCAAUAAAUCAGAUUUCUGGAAUGCGACGUAGGUGAAUGAACCUUAUGUCCACGAAAAUGAAAUCCACGAAUCUUUUCGUGGCAUUUCUGGCCUUUCUCUCCACUGCGACAUCCAAAACGAUAUCUGUGAUCCCACACGAUGCUCACCCAGGAUACAGCGUGAAGAAAUUCAACCAUGCCGAGAACUUGAAGCUGCUCGACUCUGACUUCUCCCAGUUCUUCACCAUGCUUCAGGACGGUUCAAUAAUGACCGUCUCCGACGUGAGCCCCUUGGUCAACCAUCCCGUGGACCUGGUUGUUCUCGAAAAUAAAGGCAACUUGACGACGACUCACAUGCUCAAACUGUACGUUCUCGAUCGACGUAACAUGUUGAGCUUCAAGACUGAUGGCGGAGAAGACAUCGUGGGACGGGUGACUGAGAAUUCUCCGGCCGGUACGCGAUUGAGUGACAUACCUUUGAUCCAGGCUGCCAGUGAUUUGAUCUCAGUGCCAGUGACUUACAGUAUAAUCGCCGGAAACUCUGCUCAAUACUUCGAGCUGCAAGACAGCAUUACUGGUGAAGUUCUCCCGAACGUUACAAUCAGCGACAGAAAUGGAGGAGUGAGUAUCGUUACAUCGCAAGUUCUUGACCGCGAAGAGACAAGCAGAUACGUCCUGACUAUUCAAGCUGUAGACCCGAGUGGAAUAAACAGGGCGGUAACGAACGUCGUCAUCGAAGUCGAAGACGAGAACGACAACAGCCCCGUUUUCACACAAAAAGUCUACAGGUUCGUAGUCGGAGACGACUCGAUCGAAGGUGAUAACGUGACGAUGACUUGGAAGAGGUUCUCUUCCAUCGGUAAAGUUGAAGCGACGGACGCUGACGGUGAUAAAGUCGCUUACAAACUCGCCACUCCUACCAAUUUCCUAGUGAUCGUUCCGCAAACGGGUGACCUUCUCCUUGCUCAAGAACCGACCGAAGAGACAGAGUUGGAACUGAUAGUUGAGGCGCACGACCUGCGGACACCCAGCCGAACUUCUCCCAGACCCGCCCAAGUGAUCUUCCACUUCAAACCGCUGGAAUCUUCCAAAGUCGAAAUGGAUUUAGAUUUUCAGCAGUUGGAAGAAGUCGAACUGACGCGGAGAAAAAGGAGAGUUACUCGAGCUGUGCGGCCUACUAAAAGAAUAGAAUUCACGGAGACCGACGGAGAGACAGAUGGACGCGUUGUUUUCCAGUUGGAGAAAGAGACCGAUAGAGAGACGUUCAAGAUUAGGGACGAAAAUCCAUGGGUGACUGUCGAUCCGAACGGUUCGGUCCGGGUGAAGAAGAAGUGGGACUACGAGGAACUUGGGCCCGAGAAAACCAUUGACUUCUGGGUAACAAUUACUAAUGCUGAGAAAGGUGGGCGGCUGCUCGGUUCAGUUCUCGACACUGAACGAGGUGAUCACAACUCCGUCACCGAGUCGGAGCCAAUGCAUGAGAUAUUUUUCAACAACAUUGAGGACCUCAGCUUAUCAAAGCGCCUGACCGCUUUCUUUAGGCCGAGUAGGCUGAAAUCGGAAACUCAGAGGUUCAUUAUGGCAAACAGACAAAGCUUAGAAAUUAUGGUACGAUAUGUCAGUUCGGAAUUAACAUCUAGAGAUCAUCAGUUGUAUACUAGUGAAUACAUUCGUAAAGCGGCUAAACUCUCGGAGCUAAUCUGCAUAUAUUUCAUCAAAUUCUCCAAGUGGAGAAGGGCUGUUGAAAAUGCCAACUUACGCGGAUCUUGGGAAAAUGGGACUUGUUUUUUAUCCGUAUCGCCUCAUCUGGAAUCUCAUCGGAAAUACAUUUGA